AUGCCCCUGGACUCAUACGGUGAAUGGUCUGCUGAACUGAAGGAGUUAAAGAGAAGGACCAGAUGGGGCGGUAUUCUCGAACCUGGCAAAUUCUACUCUCACAGACCUGUGGACCGCUGGCAUUACCAUGCUAACCAGCAGUACGAGAAGACAGAGACACCGAGAAAUCCACUUGUGAGCCGGUGCUUUAACAGAUAUAUUUAUGGCGACGUUGCGGUUGUUAGGUCGUCCGAUGUGAGAGUCAAUGAUUACUCUGAGGAGUUCUCCAGGACGGAGUUGGUUCGCACAUUGGAAUUCUACAAGGGGAGACACGCCGGGGAUGAAGCUAACAGGCGGUCCAAAGCUAGCAUGGCUGCUACGAUGGGAGUGACGGCGGAGGCUUUUGAAAGGAUAGUGCCUGAGGGAUUCCCUUAUGUUCAUAACCCUAUGGCCGAGGAGCCGUGGAUGCCAAGUGAUCUGCCCAAUGAGUGA